AUGAUGUCCAGUUUGGUGAAGAAAGAGGAUGCCGGUGGCUCUUCUGGUGUCCCCAAAGACUCUACAACCAAGCGGGGGAAGGGAAAAGUGAUGAACUUUGAGUUAGCUCACAGGUUUGAGGAUUCCAGGUUGAUCCGAGAACUUGUUCGUGAGAAUGGCCGCUUGAUCCGAUGGUUGAGUGAAAAGCACGUCAACAUCAUCAAUUUGGAAACUCUUGGGCUUAAUUCCACUUUGAUGAAGCUUGUUGUGGACUACCACUGUUCUGGGACAAAGGUCAUCAAGGCUCCUGGCAUUGAUUUCCUGAAAGCCCAGGCUCCUGGGGUUGCUGAGUACUACGAUGUCAUGUACAAGCACUGGGAGUCUGAGCUGAAAGCUCUUCAGGCGCAAAGGGCUACUCAGAAGGCAAAAGGGGCUACUGUGAUUGAGAUUCCCGAUGAUGAUGGUGACAACCUAGCAUCCCUGGAAGACAAGUCCCUGAAACAAGCUGAGAGAGGCAUCGUGGUAGAGGGUGUGAUUUAUCUCGACACGGACAAGGGUUGGAAAGUUGAAGAGAUUGCAGUUGAGACGGGUGGCAUGGUUUCCAAGAAUGACACGGUUGACAAGACCAAGGAGGUUGACAAUGGCAACACCGGCAAUGUGGCUGACAAGGGCCUUGCAACCACAUGUGAGAAGGAUGAGACGGUAGGUGGGGGUGCCAAAGUGGACAAGGGCCCGGUGGUUGAGUCAAUGGCUGAACCUCUCCCCACAUUGAGCCGUCGACUUGCAAAGAUCAGCAUUGAUGAUGUGUUGAACCCACCUGGACUACCUCCUUACAAUUCGUUGCCUGGGCCUCCUGUUGUUCCCAGAGGACAUGACUCACCAGAACCACGCCUCACUGUGGAAGACUGUGACGCCAAAAUCAAGGAAGCCGUGGAGCGCAAGCGGAAGGAAAAGAUGCACAAUUUUGUUCCACAGGCGUCCCCACCGGCAAUUGACCCAAGCACUGUUGAGACUCUACCCUACGAUCCUUACGGUGGAGACCAAGUUGACAACCCAAAUGCUGAGAGCCCCGAGAGCAUCCUGAUCAACGAGGCCGACCACCCAUACUUCACUGAGAAUUCCUGGUGGAAGGUGGAGAGGUAUAACGAGGAGAACCACACAAAGAAACAGGUGGAUGGAGAGUCAGUUCAACAAGCCUUGGACCCUUGUGACGAGAUCCCCUCGCACGACCAGAUGGACACACCUUCUCCACCGGCAACGGUUCCUGAAAGGGACCAGCCGACGGACAUGCACCUUGAACCCAAGGAUGUUGAGAUGGACCAGAAGACGAAAGAACCCCAGGAGAAGAAGGAAUUUGAGGAGAAGAAGGAUGAAACUGAGGAGAAGAAGGAUGAAACUGAGGAGCAGAAGGAAGCUGGGGAGACGCAGGAAGAUGAGGUGGAGGAGGAAGAACCCGAGGUAGGGACGAAGGAUCCUGAGAUGGUGGAGGAGCAGAAGAGUCAAGAGGCAAAGUUGGAAAGCGAGGUGGAGAAGAUGCCUGAGGUAAAGAAGAUGACACCCGAGAGCAUGAACACAGAUCACGUUGAGCCCGAGGUGACCCAGGAAGCUGUUGUGGCUGUUCUCGAACACAUGCUCAAAGAAGGCUUGGAUCUUAGCAUGGCCAUUCACCAGCUGAAGGGUGCCAUGUUGGAGACCGAGCAGGGUAUCCCCAUCGUUGAUCGCAUCAAACAGUUUCAGCUGAAGAACCUCAACAAGCCUGGACCUGAGACUGAUGAGACCCCUGAAGAGGAGAAGAAGCCGGCAAAACCCAAGGCACGUGGGAAGGCCAAGGCCAAAGCUUCAGCAAAGCCAAAAGCUUCCGGCAGACGUCCCCGUGCCAAGGCAAAAGCAAAAGCAAAGGCAAAGGCAAAGGCAGAAAAGGCAGCAAAGGCAUCGGCAGCUGAGGAGAUCGAAGAUGAUGAUGUUGAAGUGGUUGAUGGGGCCAAUGAUGAGGAGAAAAGCACUGAGAACACGACGAUGGAAGAGGAACAGUCGAACACCAAGCCUGGCAAUGCAAAGGCCAUGGACAAACCGGACAAGGAGAAGAACCAUGUGAAGGAUACGGAGGAGGACAAGCCGAAAAAGAAGAGGAAGGAUGAUCAGGAGCCAGGUGAUGAAGGAGCAAAGAAGCCGAAGACAGCAAAGAGUUUCGCUCGCCGAGUUUGUCCCAGUACCUCCCCGGCCAAGGACAAGUACUUGGCUAUCAUGGAAGUGUUCAAAACGGAGAUUCAGGACAAGCUGAAGGAGAAUGGAGAGAAGAUUUCCAAGUGGGAGGAGCCAUUCUGGAACAUGGCCACCAAGUCGAUCAAGAGGGCGGAGGAGAAGAAGGGCCCGUUGGAAACCCAUGAGUAUCGUCAAAUGGCCCGUGUCGCCGUUCCCAACUUCUUGAGCGUUGCCUUGUGGGCCAUGUACGGCUUGAAGAAAGGCCAGAUUGGACUGGCAAAGUUCGGUGUGGGGAGCUACAACCAACAAAGUAAACCCGACGUGUUUGUCAUCAUCUUUCUCGUUCUCCUCGUCAGCUGGUUGCCGGACAAGGAGGCGGCAACUGAUAUCCAGGUGGUGGAGUACUUCUCGGGUGUGGGACGGAUGGCAGCUGUUUCUGACUAUGUUGGAUACAAAUCAAUGAAAUUUGAUAUGAACGAGGGAGCUUCCACUGCCCGCAAAAGUGGGAGACGCAACCCUUGCGAUUUGAAUUCCAAUGCGGGUUUUAUUCUGGCAAUCAAACUGGUACUGAGGGGCAAGUUCAAUGAACUAGUUGCUACAUUUGGCAUUUGCUGCAGCUCAUUUGUUCCUGUCAACCGUGGUACUGGAUGUCGUGACUUACUAGUACCAGAGGGGAUGAAGCCAUCGUAUCUGUAA